CCCACGUUCCACUCCCAUUCUAUGGGCGUGGCUUAGCUCAGCACUAUAUAAGGCGCUGCACCGUGAUGGAAGGUACCAGUGCCAGAAGUGGCGAUCUGGGCUUUUGGUGUGCUCAGCAGCUUUGGCGAGUAGCGAGCACUUAGGGGGAUUGCUAGCACAUCGAAAUAAGCACUUAAUUCAACAAUUACUAUCUGAUAUCCUCCUCUCUCAUUUGCACUUAACACCAGACUCCAUUGUCGAGCACUGUAAGUAUUAAUAUCUUUGUUUUAUCGCUUGAUUUCAUGUUAUUGUCUAUGAACCCAUUGCACUGUAAACAUGUAAUGUAUAUAAAUUGCUUUAGUGCACAGAUAGUUCCUGGUUUGUCUUGCUUUAUAUCAUAUAUUGGAAAGUAGUGCUGGUUUAUUCACUGAACAGAGAAUUGCAAUGGAAAUGGAAUCUGCAAAAAGUACUAUUUUAUUGGAAAAUUAAUCUCCAACUUUGUUAUAGUCACAACUUGAAUAUCUGAGCUUUCCCUUUUCAACUCUGGUUUAAAUUUGCUAGAAUUUUAUAUUAUAUAUUUUGUUUAGUGAAUUAAGCAAUUCAUCUAUGAAAUAAAUGGCAGAAUGAGAUUCAGACUCUAAACAGGGUGCAAUUACAGUUUGCAUAUUAUAUUUACAAAGUAAUCCUAAUUCAGAUUGAAGUUUGCUAAUUGCAGUCUUUCCAUUAUUACAUGGUAUAUGGAGCAUAGCUACAGUGUAACUUUUUUUUUGUGCGGUGCAUCUUAAUGUGCAGUUGAUGUCAUCCUGCAGUACUUAAUUCUAUCUUCGCUCUUUGUUCUUUUUGCAGUAUUUCUUAUUGGCUCUGUAACAACAACUACAAAAAAUAAAACAUGCCUCUGAUACCUUCCUCGACACUUAUGCCAAGGGCUCCUCGACUACCCACUGUCGAAGAAGACCCACCAGCCGCCUGGUUUGGAGAAUGUACCAGUUUGCCUAAAAGAUGUUCCAGUGUAUCCAGUUCAGACUGCGAGUCUCUUACCAGUAGCAACUCCUUUUCUGAAUGUGGUAAGUUGUUUUAACUUUACAUUUUACUUACUUAUUGAUUUUUUUUUUUUUUUUUUUUUAUAAAUUGUCAAUUUGAUAUUUUUCUUUUUCUGAUAAGUCAUUUGAUUUAUCACUAAUGCAUAGUAAGUCUUCAACAUUAUACUGCAGUAGGACCCAGUCUCUAGUUGUUUUGCUAUUAGCAAUUGUCUGUCAUAGCUUUUUCAUUUGUAACCCUAGACAAUUGAUUGAGCAUGCAGUUAAAGCAGACUGUAAUAUUUUGUAGAAAGUGAAUUUGUGUUUGUGUUUUUUUUUUUUUUUAAUGCAAGUCUAAAUUGGUAAAUGCCUACACUUUUCCUAACAGACUGCUUCUCUCUAUUUUCCAGAUUUGGAAAGUAUAGAUAAUGACUGUACAGAUAAUAUAUCAUUGCCGGACCCUGAUCUGUUAAGCGAUCCUGAAGGUGAACAGCUUUGCCCCAGUCUUCUCAAGCUCAUCCAGCGUUGCCUAUCCAAAGCCAGCAUUAGCUCCCUGAGAUGUUCCAGGCUUCUGCUUCCUGAUGACCUCAUUGCCAAUUUGGGCCAAGAACUGCUGCACCUGGCUUUCAGUGAGCCUUGCGGACUGAGGGGUGCACUUAUUGAUCUGUGUGUUGAGCACGGCAAGACCUGUCACAGUGUGGCACAGAUAACCGCUGACCAAGCAGUCGUUCCAACUUUCCAGCUGACCGUACUGUUGCGUCUGGACUCCAGGCUUUGGCCUAGAAUCCAAGGCUUGUUCAGUACCAAGCCAGUCCCAGGGUCAGGACAAUCUCUGAAACUCAGUCCAGGUUUCAAGGUUCUUAAAAAGAAGCUGUACAGUUCUGAAGAAUAUAUCAUAGAAGAAUGCUGAUAAAUACAACUUUGAAAGAAAAAAAUAAACACGUUCACUUUUCGGUACUAUUGUAUGAAGGCUUUAAAGAGGGUUGGGAGGGAGUUAAAAGUAAGUGGGACAAUUUUUAAGGUUAUUUUAGUAGAUGUAAGUACCAGUCCCUGGAUUAUUCCCUCUGUUGCUUGAGUCUAGCUAUGCCUGGUGUUGACUUUGACAGAGAUAGGGGCUUUUUUUUUUUUUUUCUCAUCAGACUGACAAAAGAAGACAUAACACAGCAACAUUAAUGUUCUUUCUUUCUGGCAGUGAAAUGGUCCAAAGUUGGGACUUUUAUUUUCCUCCACGUCAUGUGGCUGAGCUAAGUUACAUGCCACUUAAUGGGUUAACAUGUGUAAGCUUUUUAUUUUUUGGGGGAGUGGGAAGGGUCACACCGAUGUAGUUCUGCAGAGUAUGCAUAAAAUAAGGCAAUCUAAUAAUGUAAUGUGCACUAGUAAUGUGAUUUUUGUAAUAACUACUGGGCAGCUGGUCUGCACAAUAAGGUGUAUUGCCUCUCUACCUCUUAUAGAGGGCAAAAAUGUAAUUAUUGAAUAACAAAGUACAUUUUGCUCAUGGGAACAAGUGUUAAAAUCACUACUGAUGUUAUGGCAGCUAAACAAUGUAUUUGUAUAUGGCCUAGCCAUAUGUUUUAGAAAGCACUACUUUUUGUCUGAGUUGUUCUGUAUUUGAUAUACGCAUUAUGGUUUACAGUGGUACACUUGAUGUUCAAGUGUAAUUCUACACAAUGUGCCUUUUUUACUUUUCUAAUAAAUGGUAAAAUUAAAUACAUGGUGUCUGUGUUUUGACUAUAGCAUACUGGGGGGAAG